AUGGUCGUGUCGGGCCCACGGCUGUUAUGGAGCGCGAUAUCUAGCACCGCAAGGCUCUCCACGGUCCUGCAGAUCCUCAUUUUUCUGCCUUUGACUCUUUCGACACUCUCGACGUCCGCCUUUCUCCUGCUCUCGCUGCUGCUUCUGAUCCACUCGUUCAUCCAUGGCACCCUUGUCCUCUUAUGGGGCUCGCCGGCCCUCUCCCUCAUGCAGGUGCCCAUGCACCCGUUCCUCCUGCUCGUCUGCUUCAACGUCUUCUCCGAGCGCGUGCACCCACUCUUGCUCAGCGCCGCGACGUGGUGGGGCCGCCUGUUGAGGUGGUCCAGCCCCGGGUUCAUCGUCAUGGAGGGCCUGUCUAGCCUGCUGAUUGUGCAAAAGCUGGGGCAGGUAGGCAAGGAACUUGUCAGCGAAGGAGAGGGGUAUCAGUUUGGCCUGCUUGUGGCGGCAGCGGCGGCGUACGUGACCUCGGCGUGGUGGAUUGUCGUGACAUAUCCGGUCGCAGCGACAUCCCCUCUCUCGUCUACUUUACUUGGGGUGGCAUUGACCACCUUGACUUUCUUGACUCUCAUUGGAUUUGUGCUGCGUCGGACGAACGUCAUCGAAUCGUCGGGGUUGGCACUGUUCGUCGCCUACAACGUCUGGCAAUGUGGCUUCGAACAGAGCUCCGUCUCGGGUCCUGCAUCAUCCUAUGCGCCCUUACUAUCCAACAUCAUGCCUCACAUGCAGACAUUGAUCAACUUCGUAUCGAACACUCUCCCUAAACCGGUGAUCGUGGCUCUAACCUAUCGAUUGGUCGUUUUGCACUUCGCAUCGCAGAUUCUCCCUACUAUCGGUGCGGAUAGCUGGGAGGAUGAAUCUGGAGUUGUCGAUGGUUGGGAAGGCCGACCUGUGAGUCAACCUCGCACUUCCUCAUACCCUACGACGUCGCUGAAUGACUCCGUACAGACAUCCAAGUUGGCGCAUUUUCUCCUGACAUACCGGCAAGCUAUCUUCGUAACUGUGUACUCGCAUUUACUGCUGCUGGAUCAUCCCGCGCAAGUAUGGUGGCGAUGGAUGAACAUAUUUAUCACACUCGUCAUCUGGUCGAUAGAACUGCUCGUGAGCAGCGACGACGGUGACAGCGUCACAACGAAGUGGAAAGUCGAUUGAUUUCCGCGGGUUUGCAUGUCAUCCAAACCACCUAUUUUUGACGAUAAUCAAUCUCAUGACGACUCCCAGCGACACCCAUCGGCUAGUCUAUACAUUGGCCUUCCACUCUGCCUCCUCCUCUCGCUCUCCCUCAUAAAACUCCCUCUUCCAUAUCUGCGCUUUCCUUUUCACUUCCUCCAAGAUGUAUUCACACGCCAAGAAUGCUUCCUUCCGAUGUGGUGAUGAGACUGCGAUGACGAUCGAGGGCUCUCCCACAGGAACGGUUCCCAGACGAUGAUAUACCGCCGACCGUAUCAAGGAAGUCACGCCGCUCUGCUCUGACUGGUGGUCCGAACGUGAGUGGGAGGCAUGCGCGGUGCGAAUAAUGUCCGCCAUUGUCUUGAUGGCGAGCUUGCUGUAUGCUUGAUAGUCGAGGCGGGUUACGACUUUACCUUUUGUAUGGCAGAGGCGGAUGAGAUGGUUAGCAGCUGUAUAAUGCGAUCACGAUCACCUUUGAA